AUGGCAACCCGCUCCAGGACGUCCUCUCGAGCCCAAUCCCCCUUUGAUCAGGGAUACUUGGAAUCCCGACUUCCGCCAACCUCCACUCUCGAACUUGGCGAAGUAUCCCUCAAGCGCGUCACGCGCCUCCUCCUUGGCCUCCUUGGCCACGUCGAAUGUCUCGAAAGAGACAUUUCCGAGAUCAAGGAAGCAGGGAUUGAAACAAGGACCAACGUCAAAAAUAUUUCCCAAACCGUUGAUGUUGUCAAGGAUGGGCUUCGAAGCCUCCAGCUCCAAGGCCCUCGUACCCCUGAAGGCCCCCAGCCAAAGGUCGUGGAAGAAACGCCACGUCCCGUACCCAAAACCGAACCUACUGGAACGGUUAGUGGGUCCUCCUUUUGGCCAGAACAGCCACGAAGCCUCCCCACCUUCGCACAACCAACCCCAAAGAGAGCAGCACCCCCGCAAGUCCCAUCUCCCCCUCCAUCUCCGCGUCUCCGAUCCCCCAUCAGAGCACCUGCCCCUCCUUUCCCGGCUCCAGCUGCCGCCUAUCCCGCCCCGGUCAAAGUAGACCACCCAGACGCCUAUACAGGCAAGAUUGGGAGCGAAGCCAAACAGUGGCUUACCAGGAUGCUGGCCUGGACCCGGCUAAACUCACGCAUGUUUCCCACGGACCAAGAAGUCCUAUCCUUCCUUCUGAUGAACAUGAAGGAUUCCGCGGGAGCAUGGGCCCACCCUCACCUGGACCAGCUUGGGUCACACCGGGCAAUCAUCCAAACGGUUGAAGGGUUCAAAUCAGAGUUUCUGGCAGCGUUUGGCAACCCUGAUGCCACAAGGGCCGCCGAGCGGAAAAUCACCACCCUCACCCAGUCCGGCACCUGUGCGGACUAUAUCACAAAGUUCAGGACCUUAGCAAUGGAGCUGGACUGGAACGACGCGGCCCUUCAAGGCCAGUUUGCCCGAGGCCUCCACUGGGAGGUCAGCCGUCAAAUCGCAACCCGCGAGCAUCGCCCCCAAACCCUCCUCGAGCUGCAAAACGCAGCACUUGUCAUCAAUAACGCUCUCCGUGAAGAGCGUGCUAGCCAUCCGCCAAAGGAUAGUAAGCCUAGCAAACAGUCCAACCCCGCAAGGGGGACGAGUACCGGCCAGUUCAGCACCGGUUCAAAGAAACUCUCCGACAACCCUAACUUUGUGUCAGAGGAAGAACGAAAUCGCCGCCGCGCCGCUGGCGCCUGCAUCAAGUGUGGCAAAAUGGGCCACAAGUUCGCGGAAUGCCGCAUGGGUUGGAAAGCCACCCCCAUCGAGGAUAAGGGGAAGGCUAAGGAAGCCGCCAAGAUUGGCAAAGACUCUGAGUACCAAUCGGGAAAAGAAAAUAAACCCCUUUUCACAAUUCCAAUCAAACCAGAGAAGCAAGCGGAAAUACUAGAAGUCCUGAUAGAUUCAGGCGCUACCUCAUCAUUCCUCCACCCUUGCACAGCGGAACUACUCCGCCUCCCCUUGAUAGAUCUCCCACAACCCCGCAUUGUUACUAUGCUUGAUGGGUUGAGCCCACAGGCUGGCAAAAUUUGGAAAAAGGCCAAUCUAACCUUCCUAUUUGAUGGCAAGCGUAUGACAGAAACUUUCUUAAUCUGUAACACCGGAUCACACGCUGCCAUCCUAGGAAUCAAAUGGCUGGAAACCCAUAACCCUGAAAUCAACUGGAACCAACGUACCCUUUCCUUUCCCCAUGCGCAACCAGCACACGUAGCCAUCGCCAAAGAAGAGGAAGCAGACAAGAACCCCCUUGAAGGAGUACCCCCCAAGUACCAUCAAUAUGCCAAAGUAUUUGGGGAAGAAGAAUUCAACAAGCUUCCCCCUCAUUGGCACUACGAUAUUGGAAUCGAACUUACGGAAGAAGGCCCUUUGAACUCGCCCCUUUAUAGCAUGACCAACGCCAAAUCCGCCACGCUCAAGGAUUGGCUCAGGACAAGCUUAAGGCCGGAAAGAUCCGCCCCAGAUGGUUCCCGCCGAUUGGUUGUCGACUACCGUCGCCUUAAUAACCGGACCAAGAAGAAUGUUUACCCGUUACCCCGUCCUGAUGACUUGAUGGCCCAACUCCGCGGCGCCAAGGUCUUCACCAAACUGGACCUACAAUGGGGUUACAAUAACGUCCGGGUUAAAGAAGGUGACGAAUGGAAAACGGCCUUUCGCACUAAAUACGGCUUAUACGAGUCCCUGGUUAUGACCUUUGGUUUGACAAAUGCCCCCGCCGCUUUCCAGCACUUCAUGAACGAGUUGUUCAAGGACUUACUGGAUGUAUGCGUCAUCAUAUACUUAGAUGACAUCCUGAUUUACUCCAAGGAUGACGCAUCCCACACUCAGCAUGUUCAUGAGGUCCUACAGCGCUUACUGGAAAACCAAUUGUUUUGCAAGGCUUCAAAAUGCACAUUCCAUGUGACUUCCGUAGAAUACCUGGGAAUCAUUGUCUCGGAUAAAGGCUUUAGCCUGGACAAGCUCAAAAUCCAGGCGGUACAAGAGUGGCCAGUUCCAUCAAAAGUCAAAGAAGUCCAGUCAUUCCUAGGUUUUGCCAAUUUUCUUUGGAGGUUUGUUGCCAACUUCAGUCACAUAGCCCGACCCCUGCACAACCUAGUAAAAAAGGAUACACCCUGGAAAUGGGACACCGAGGAACAGGAGGCCUUCCAGAAUCUGAAGAAUGCUAUCACCAGUGCCCCAGUACUCUGCCAUGCCGACCCCACCAAACCUUACUUCCUAGAAACGGAUGCUUCCGGCGCAGCAUUAGGCUCCAUACUGAGCCAACGCCAGGAAGACGGUCGCUUACAUCCCCUGGGAUUCUUGUUGGAAUUGUUCAAAGGUGCCAAACAGAACUACGACACCCACGAUAAAGAACUCCUUGCAAUCAUCCGUUCCUUUGAAUAUUGGCGAAUCUUCCUGGAAGGAACAACCCACCCUAUCACAGUGUUCACCGACCACAGGAACCUUGAGUAUUGGAAAGAAUCCAGGACCUUCAACCGUCGUCAUGCCAGGUGGCACCUCUUGUUAGCAGGAUAUAAUUUCCAAAUAGUCUAUCGCCCUGGUAAACAGUCCGGCAAACCAGAUGCAUUAUCCCGCCGCGCCGACCACGCUGAUAUCCCACCUGCUGACCAAACCAUGCUUCCCGACCCUGUCUUCGCCAACGUUGCACUAGUCACACCGGAAAAGGAACUACAACGCCGCAUUGAGUCAAGCCUAGACCAAGAUGAGUCCCUGGAAGAGAUCCUACAGUUCCUACAGAACGAAUCCAAGGCCCCGCCCUCCAUUAAACGCGCGUUCAAAGACUAUGAGAUGGAGGCCGGCCUACUAUUUUACCAAGGACGGAUUGUGGUACCUGACGUAGGGACCCUACAAACGGACCUGCUGCGAAUCUUCCACGAUAGCCCAUUGGCUGGCCAUCCAGGCAGGCAGCGGACCCUAGAAUUGAUAUCCAGAAGUUACUACUGGCCCGGUAUCCGUGCUGACACAUACUGGCACGUGGAUUCAUGCAAAAUCUGCCAACGGAUCCAAAAACCUAAGUACGCGUCCAUCCCACCGCAACCCCUGGAACUACCAUCACGCCCUUGGCAACACGUAUCCUACGACAUGAUAGUGGAUCUACCAAAGGACAGAAGCAACGAUUCUAUACUGGUCAUUGUGGACAGCUUCACCAAAUAUGUUAUCCUGGUGGAGUGUUCCAAGAAGCUCAAAGCCCCGGAAUUGGCGGACCUAUUCUUGCACCAUGUGUGGAAACGUUACGGCAUGCCAGAAAAAACGGUAUCAGAUCAAGGACAAGUCUUUAAUAACAAAUUCCUAAAGGCUCUGUACCAACGCCUAGGGAUAGACCCCCAUUUUUCCUUGGCCUACCACCCUCAAAGCGACGGUCAAACGGAACGCGUGAACCCUACGGUCGAACACUUCCUAAGGGCUUACUCAGGGGUGAAUCAGAAAGAUUGGGUCAGAUGGCUACCAAUGGCGGAAUUUGCCUACAAUAACGCGGUACAUAGUUCAACAGGCAAAUCCCCGUUCAAGGCACUAUAUGGCUGGGAACCUUCCUUAACCCCGAGUAACGUCCCAACAGACGUCCCGGAGGCAGAUGACUUGGCGACGCAGAUGGAAUCUCAAUGGCGGGAAAUAGAGGCGGCACUCCGGCAAUCAAAGACACGCAUGAUAGCCGGAGAAACAGGAGAACCACUCAAAUUCGAAGUUGGGGAAGAGGCCUGGUUAGAUGCUAAGAAUGUGAAGCUAAAAACCCUGAGCCCCAAGCUAACGGAGCAACGCCUGGGCCCCUUCGAAGUAACUGAAAGGAUCUCCGAUCGCGCCUACCGCCUCAGACUCCCACCAACCAUGAGGAUCCACGACGUCUUUUACGUAGGACUACUGUCCAAAGUGAAGAGGGAUGACAAACGUGCUUUUGAGAACCGUCCCCCACCAGUCACCAUAGAUGGGGAAGAAGAAUACGAGGUUGAGGGAAUUACAGACAUGGAGGAAAGAAAUGGGAAAUGGUUUUUUAGGGUGAAAUGGAAGGGCUACGGAUCAGAGGAAAACACCUGGGAACCAAGGGAAAACCUCAAAAAUGCCGAAAAAAUCCUAAAAAAUUUUGAGAAGGAAAUGAAAAAGAAGGCCCUUGGCGCUGCCAAGGCCCUUAAAGGGGGGGCAGUGUCGUAG